CGCGCGGAUCGGAGAGGCGGCGCGAGUGCGGAGCCGGAGCGUCGAGGCGAGCGUGACGUCGCGCCGCUGGCGUCCGGAGCCGGUGAGGUCACGGACUGGCGUCCGGAGGUGGGCCUCCCCGGCGAGACCGGACGGCUGAGCGCCGCUGCCCGACGGACGGACGACUCCGCUGGUGACGGCAGUGUGAGGGAGCAGCUCUCGUCCGGACGCGAUCACAGCCGGCUCGGAUCUCCCACCGCUCCGAGCUGGCACUCGGCUCACGCCACCCGACGCAGGGCGACCUCGUGGUCUGAGCCUGCUCAGCGCGACCUCGUGGCCUGAGCCCGCCUCUCGGUGUCUGGACCCAGGCAGAGCCGGCCGCACCGGAGCCGGAAGCUGCGGGCCCGGCUGAGGAUGCGCCCCAGCGCCUCGAGCCGGGCACUCUCUGGAGCCGACCGCCGCCGCUGAGCAGGCUGCAGGUCGGCCGCCGGGGUCGGCGACAGCCCCGAUGUCGCACGGCACAGCGACGCCCCUCCUGCUGGCAGUGGUUCUUCUGCUGGGAGUGGUCCGCGCACAGGAUGGCUGCAAAGAUGAAGUGUUGCAGUGCUACUCCUGCAACAGUGUAGACGACAGCCGGUGUCUCAACCCGUUUAAUUACACCGAUCGGCCGCCCACCUCGCCGUGCAAGGGAUGGUGCGUCAAAAUUGUCGAGGAUAUCGACACAGAGUUCGAAAAGGUCCUCCGGACGUGUACGGAUAGGAUGCACAUCAAUCCGUUCAUAGUGGGCAACGUGUGCAUGGAAGAAAGCAGCGGACACGGCUCACUGUGUUUCUGCAAAAAGGACAGAUGUAACGCUAGCGCGCGAGCCCGCCUUCCCGCCGUCCUCCUGCUUGGCGCCGGCCUGGCCCGCUGGCUGUUAACGUAGUGGCCGGUCGUGCCCCGGUCAAUCGGCCACCCCAACGCCCGUCCGGGUCGUUUUCCGUUCCUCGUGCUGAGGCGCGGCGCCGGUCCGCCGCCCACACACGCCGUGUGCUGUUGGAGCGCUGUAUAUAUUUACUACUCGGUCCAGCUGUAGCAUAUAGCUCGAUCGGAGGGCUUGUGAUACAUGCAAUCCUUGUUAUUAAACUAAGAUCUAAUCGCGUCCCCUUGGAACGUCGAGUGUUUUAUCCGAUCACUCUUUUGCUCACUGCGGCUGCUCGCUAGAUUAUGGAGCCAUCAUGCGAAGGCAAUGCGCCCGUCGGCCUGCUCCUUCCGAGGCCAUCCUCUCGCUGUUGACGCCUACUUGUGCGCUCUCUGUCUCUCUCACUCAUGUUGCGCGCCAGCUUUGAGUGUUGGCUGAGCUGGCUCGGUCGGCAUCUCCUCUCCUCUCCUCUCUCUAACGACACCGCCACGUCAGGCCGAGCGCGAGGCGCUUCGUACUCUGCUUCCCGAACACCAGCGCGCGCUGGAGUGGUCCCCCACGCGCCCGACAGCCCGGCCGCGCCGCCGCCGGGUCC